AUGGAAUACCUUUUUGACGAAACAUUAAUUUCAACUGAAAUACAAGACUUGUUGCCAUCUAACUUAAAGUUAAGACCUCUCGCAAAGGAUGAUUUUGAUAAAGGAAUAUUUAGUUGUUUGGAACAACUUUCUAUCAUCGGUGAUGUUUCACAACAAAAAUUUGUCGAGCGAUUUGAAGAACUAAAAAAAGCAUAUGGAUAUUAUAUAAUUGUGAUUGAAGAUCUGGAUCAAGAAAAAAUCGUAGGUUUAGGCACUUUGUUUGUAGAAAUGAAAUUUCUAAGGAACUUUGGAAAGGCCGGCCAUAUAGAAGAUAUUGUCGUACAUGUUUCACAAAGAAGAAUGAAUCUUGGAAAAAGGAUUAUCGAGCAGCUUAUACAUCUUGGUAAAGAACUUGGAUGUUACAAGAUAAUUUUGAAUUGUAAUGAAAAGAAUAUUCCCUUUUAUGAAAAAUGCGGAUUGACUUUGAAAGAUGUGCAAAUGACUUUGUACAAUGAAGUAAGGAAAGAAGACUUGGGUGUUGAAAAUUUUGCACCUCCAAAGACUGACCAAUGA